AUGUCUCGUAAACGAACGGCUCUUCAAGCAGUCUGCGAGACUGAACUAGAUGAUCCUUUCCAGGAGGCUAUCACUACAAGAUCCUGGGAUGUAUAUUCAUCGCAAGAAAACGUCGAUUGGAAAAAACAUGAAAUCGAAGAGGACGAAGCGGAACUCCGAGUAUACGAAAUGAACAUCCAGAGAGUCGAAUCUGAGAUGGAGAGAAAGCGAGAAGAGCUCACAUUGUUGGAACACAAAGCUCGUGUAUCCAGAGAUGAACUUGAAGGAUUCGAGAAAGAAGAGAAAUCACUGAGAGUGGCUCAAGACCGAGAAGAGGAAUUUUUGAAGACGCUUUUGAAAGCUGGAAAGGACGAAUUGGAGGAGGUAAUCAAGGAGGCAUUGAGUGAGGCAGAGUCAUCACCUAGAAAAAGGAUGAAGGUGGGAAACAUGGAGACUGAAGACAAUUUCUGA